CUUACCUAUAAAAAGGGGAAAGCUAAUAUUUUUUUUUUUUCUUACUUAUCCAAUGGCAAAUUUUAGUCCCAUCAUUUCCUUAUGCCUUCUUGGUCUUCUUGUGCCAAACCUACACUUAACAAAUGCACAAAUUGGUGUUUGCUAUGGACAGAUGGGAAACAACCUUCCACCCCAAACAGAAGUGGUGACUCUCUUCAACCAAAACAACAUCAAAAGAAUGAGACUCUAUGAUCCAAAUAGAGGUUCACUUGAUGCUCUUAGAGGCUCCCCCAUUGAGCUCAUGCUUGGCGUUCCCAACUCCGACCUCCAAAGAAUCGCUUCAAGCCAGACUGAAGCCAAUGCGUGGGUUCAAAACAAUGUCAAAAACUACCCAAACGUGAGAUUCAGGUACAUCGCCGUUGGCAAUGAAGUCCAACCAUCUAGUUCUGCUGCCUCAUUCGUUGUCCCAGCAAUGGUAAACAUCCAAACUGCACUUAACAAUGCCGGGUUGGGCAAGAUCAAAGUUUCCACUGCCGUUGCCACCAGUAUUAUGGCCGAUUCGUACCCUCCGUCUAGAGGCACAAUAAAAAACGAAGUCAUGCCAUUAAUGAACCCCAUCAUUAGGUUUCUAAACAACAACCGAUCUCCAUUGCUUCUCAAUUUGUAUCCUUAUUUUAGCUACAUUGGCAACCCAAGGGACAUUCGUUUGGACUAUGCCCUCUUCACAGCUCCGUCAACUGUGGUCAACGAUGGCCAAUAUCUUUACCAGAAUUUAUUUGAUGCAAUGCUUGAUGCACUUUACGCAGCGUUGGAGAAGGUCGGUGGAGGAAAUUUAGAGAUCGUGAUAUCAGAGAGUGGGUGGCCGUCAGCGGGGGGAACGGCUACAUCGAUCAAUAAUGCAAGGACUUACAUUAAUAAUUUGAUCCAGCAUGUUAAGAGAGGAACUCCUAGACGCCCUGGAAGGCCAACUGAGACUUAUAUUUUUGCCAUGUUUGAUGAAAACAAAAAAAGUCCUGAAUUGGAGAAGCAUUUUGGCCUCUUCUUUCCAAACAAACAAUCUAAAUAUCCAAUCAACUUCAAUUGAUUCAGAUAGAAUCGAUAUAGAUAUAAGAAGAAAUUAAAGCUUUCAGAAUAAUCUCUUAGAGCUUGUAAUGUUGGAAAUAACUCCUAAUUAUCUAUUAAAUAAAAGCAACCAUUAAUAUGCCA